AUGCAAAAUGCACUUUUCAACAUACAGCUAAAUUACAAUUUAAUAUUAUUAAAUUGGCAAAAAUUUUUAUUUUUAAUUUUCAUUUUAUUAAAUAUUUUGAUAGCAAGUGUAGACAGUGUUGCUAGUUCUGAGAGGUCCUCUAUUGAGAGAUCUUUACCUAACCUAACUCGAGUUCGAGGAGAUACAGAAAUAAAUCAGAAUAAAUCAAAAGAAUUAAAAGAAGAGGAUGAUGAAGAUGAAGAAGAUAGAAUAUGUAAAGCACGCUUAGAAAGCAAGAAACGCAAACAACAAAAAAUUAAAGAACAUUCAUCUGAAGAAAUUGGAAAAACUAAAUUUUUAAAAAAUGAAACUGAAGAUUUUGUAGUUAAAAAAUCCUUGAAACCUUUUUCUUCGAGUAAAGAAAGUGAAAAAAUAAAUGAUGAAAUAAAAGAGGAGAUAAUAACAAAAAGGCCAGCUUUAGAGGCCACAACCUUACAGGAGGAAAUAGAGGAGGAAACAUCAACUUUGCCUGACAACAAAGAAAAUUCUGAAAAUGAAGCAAGCACAAAAAAGCCUAAGAGAAAAUGUCGUAAACGAAAAGAAAAAAAAGAGGAAGAAGAAAAAAUAGAAAAACAAAGAAAUGCAGAAAUCGGGGGAAAUGAUAACGAAAAUAAAAUUUUGGACCCUAAUUUAAUUGAAAAAGAAAAUAAUACAGUAUUAAUUAGUGAAUUGGCUCCAAAAAUAAAUUCUUCAGUUAUUGACAAUGAAGAAGAAAGUUUAAAAAAGGAUGGAAGAACUACUGCUGGGGCUGAAAAGGAGGAGGAAAUUAUUAACUCAAAAACGACAAGUUCACCCAAAGGAAAUAAAUAUUGGGAUUUCGACCAAAUAAAGCUUCCAACAAACACCACAAGAAAUAAAGAAUCAAGUGAAACUGAAGAAUUAAAACAAAUAACAAUAUCCACUUCAAUUAGCGAAUCGAAAUUAAAAGAAAUAAAUAAAAAGGAUACGGAGAAGGACGCAGAAAAGGAAGAAACUCGAGUAGAAACAGUCAAAGAAGAUGUGAAGAGUUUAGAAAAACGUAAAGGGAAGCAUCGGAAAGGGUCGAGAUCGAGGUCUUAUGAGGUUAGAUCUGGAGAAAGACGACAUGGAAGGAAAGGAAAGAAAUCUAGAGAAAGACAUCAUCAUGGAAGUAGAUCGAGAUCUUCGGAAGAAUAUAGAAGAAGAUCGAAAGAAAGGAGACACUCAAAAGAGAGAAGACACUCGAAAGAAAAGAGGAGAUCGGGAUCUUCGGAAUCUAGAGAAAGGUAUUCCUUAAUUUGCCUCCAGUUCUAG